AAGCUCCAUCGGCCCGCAUCAUGCGCAUGUCGUGCACAUUACAGUAAUCGCGUAUUCCAGCUGCUAUAUAUGUGUAUAUAUACGGCUCUCCCUAGCUCGCUCCCAUGGUCGCACAAAGUUGGCACUCGAUCCGUUCUAGCUGCUGGUUCUUCCUACGCUAGCUUAUUCAUAUAUAAUUUGCAGAAGGAUUAUUGGAGAUGGAAAUGCAGUCGACGGCCGCUGGAACUUUGGCACAAUCGCAGGCUGCAGCAGCUGGGACUGGGAAUAGCUUCACGUACGCGGACCUGCACGCCAUCACGGAUGGUUUCUCUGAUGAAAUCGGCCGUGGUGGUUUCGGAGUGGUUUAUCGGGGGAAACUGCCGCAGCCUGAUGGGGAAGAGGUCGCCGUGAAGAGGCUGACGACGACGACGGACAACAACAACCCCAAGCAACCGGCCGGCGACGACGAUGAUGAGCAGUUCGAGAAGGAGCUCGGAGCGGUCAGGAGCAUCCAGCACGAGAACAUCGUGGAGUUCGUUGGCUACUGCAACGGGUAUACACCGUCGUCCACUGUUCUGCCUGACGGACGCCCUGUCUACAGAAAGAUAAGAGCCCUCUGCUUCAAGUACAUGGAGAAGGGAAGCCUGAGGAAGCAUGUCGCUGAUGAAUCACUUGAUUGGCAGUCACGCUAUGAGAUCAUCAAGGGGGUCUGCGAGGGUUUGAACCACCUCCACAGCAAAGGCAUUGUUCACAGGGACUUGAAGCUUGACAACAUACUCCUGGACGGUGCCAUGAAGCCGAAGAUUGCGGAUUUUGGUCUGUCGAGAUUCAUGGGCGCGCAAGAAACCACCCGGAUCACGAGAAACAUUGUAGGGACGUUUGGAUGCAUGCCACCCGAGUUCUUCUGCGAUGGGCAAUACUCCAAGUCGUUUGACGUGUACAGUCUGGGCACUGUGAUCAAAGAAAUACUAGCAGGACCUGCUGCUGCCGACGACGGCUCCAUCUACGGCUACUACGAUCCCCUCAAAAAGGCAAGUGAGUACUGGGAGCAAAGGCUGGUGGAGGAUGCAGAUGUGCAAAGAGUGAAGGCCUGCAUCGAGCUAGUGCCACUAUGCUGGGGUCUGGACAGGAAGAAAAGGCCCACGAUAGAGAGGGUUCUCGAUACGCUGAAUUAUACAGACAUUUCAGUUCAGAAAGAACAGCACUACUACUGUUCCCGGUCGUCUGGACCGCAGCCUGAGAAGAGCAGGCUGGAGGGAGGAGCAGGAGGCGAGCUCCGCGACAUCGACAUGGAGGUGACGCCGCCGCCGCACCGCCUCAAGGCGGUGUGGCUCAAGCACGGCGCGGUCAUCGACUCGCUCCAGUUCUCCUACACCGACUGCGACGGGCGUGAACAAGGCGCAGGUCCAUGGGGCAGCCAAGACGCCUGGGACAAGGUUCUUCAGCUCGAGCCCUACGAGUUCCUGGUCGGAGUCUCCGGGACGACGGGCGGGUACGCGGGCCUGCCGACGAGCGUCAUAAGGUCGCUGACGUUUGUCACCAACGUGAGGACCUACAGGACGCGCGGGGCGCCCGUGGGAGACCCCUUCGCGUUGGAAGCGCCUGCCGGGUCCUGCAUCGUUGGCUUCCACGCGCGCGCUGGGCACUUCCUCGACGCGCUCGGUGUCUACCAUCGCCCUAUCUAAGUACACGCGCUUCGUUAAAUUCAUUCGUCAACGCUGGCUGGCUGGCUGCUAGUACUGCUCUACUUCGUCGUCCAGCAUCCGCCUCCGAUCCAAUGCAAGAUUUGUUUGCUUUUCGUCUCGAAAUUACAAUGACCGUACCGCCGGCUGCAUGCAUA